AUGGGCCAGCAUUGCACGACGUUCCUGUCGCUGGAAUCCAUCCUCGACGACAACGUGCAUGCCCCCGUCGAUAUCGUGGUGCAACGAGGCACCGCCAGAGUCUCCCUGACGCUGGUUGUCCAGGACCUAAACGAGAUCAUGCCGACGCAGUUUCUCGAGGUCGGCGACAGUAUUCUGCAUCCACUGUCGUACCAACAAGCCCGCAACUAUGCGAGGCCGGUCGGCGGUGUGUACGCGACGCAUCUCGGCCACAUGUUGCGCCAUGCCAACAUGUUUUCGCCAUGCUUGAUCUUGUCUCUACAUGGGACACCGACGCCGACGCUGGCGGCAUUUGUCGCCGUCUUUUCGACCCUCCGGCAUGGCGACGCCGUCGAUCUCACGUACACCUUGCUCCACACGCGCCAUGUUCAGUACCCGACCGUGAUUACAAUCGAUUGGGAGUGGUUUCCGAUCACGCUGUGGACGCUCGAGGGGCACGCGUGGGCUCCUCAGCGCAUGUUUCCACCGCCCGGCGCGUUGCGUCCCUGCAGCCUUGACGGGGCAGUUCCUCCCACGCCACUCCAAACAGACAAGCCAUGGGCGGUCGCUGUCCUCCACUCGUUGGUGUAUGUGCGAUCGGAAGCGCCUUUGGAAGUCGAUGGCCUCGGCGGGACAAGCUUUGAAGCGAUUGGGUACGUCGUUGACGCAGACCGUGGGUACGUGCUGGUCGACAAGUCGGCGGUCCAGGUCUUCAUGGCCCACGUCACGGUCUGUGUCGCGGGAUCUAUUGCCGUGCCUGCUACGAUCCGAUAUUUGCACCCUGUUCACAAUUUUGCCCUUGUGCAAUUCGACCCGACUCGAGUCGGCCACACCCCCGCGACACCAGUGUUGAAGUCGCUGCCACUGACCAUCUCCCAGACUACCACAGACGGCGUCGGGCAAUGCCAAGGCACCUGCGGCAUAACCUGUGGCUCGGAGCUGUCGUUUGUGGGCCUGACAAACAUGGGAACGGUCAUCACAGCUUCCACCAUCGUGGUCAAGAUCGACCGCCUCGUCAUUUCGGAUCUCGACGUCCCGCGGUUCAAAUCGGGACCGGUCGAAGUGUGGACGGUCGAUGCGGUCCACGCGUCGGCACUCGGCGGGGUGUUUGUCCGCCAUGGCGUCGUUGUCGCGUUGUACUUGGAAUUCAGUUUGGACGAUGCGACCGACGCCGACACUGGCAACAUCGUGCCGCAGUCGGUCAGCCGUGCCGUUCCCCUUGACGUCAUGCGCGAUCUCCUGACGACCAUCCAAUCUGGCGGCACUCCUCCGCCGUCCGUUUCGGUGGUCCCCGUCGAAUGGUCGACUAUCGGUCUCAACAAAGCUAGAGCCGGGCUUGGCCUUACGUCAGCAUGGACAAAUCGAUUGGCGUCCAAGUACCCAGACACAAGACAAGUGCUCACCGUGCUUCGAUGUGCAGCGCACUCGCAAGCGUCGACGGUGCUUCAAAGUGGCGACAUCCUGCUGUCCGUGAACGACGAGGUUGUCGUCAAAGACUUUGACAUCGACCGACUCAUGGUAGAGGCGGCGUCCAGCCGUCUUCGGCGAUCGACCACCACCCACUUUGAGCUUUCGUCUGGCGCGGCCACCAGCCAAGCGCCGGACGGGUCCGUGACCACCCAGGAGCCGAUCGUGCUUCAAAUGCGCGUGCUUCGAAAUGGCCACGAAGUUGUGGUCGAUGUCGAGACGACCGACAUCGACGCGCUGGGCACGACCCGCAUCGUUGUAUGGUGUGGGUUGAUCUUGCAACCGCCGCAUUUCGUCAUUUACCAGCGCGGGUUCGUCCCGUCCAAAGUGUACAUUUCGCUGUGGAUGGAAGGCAGUCCGGGCGACAAAUACGCCAUGGAGCCGCGCCGGUUUGUCCUCCAAGUCAAUGACCAAGACACCCCCGACCUCGACGCGUUCCUUCGUGUGGUUCAGAACGUUCAGCACGGCGAGUCCGUCCGAUUGAAGCUCGUGGCGCUCGCGACGGGAAAGGAAGAAAUGCGAACGCUCAAGACAGAGUACCUGUUCUGGCCCACGACCGAGGUGAUGUGGGAUUCGGCGCGGGAGACGUGGCAGUCCACGAUCGUUCCUCCGCCCUCGGCCAACCCCAUGCAGUGACUGCAAGGAACGCUGCGGAUGUGUGUGAACUCGGCCGUAACAAGACCGCGGCAGAUUGGUAGCGUGCUCUCGAGCACUUGGCCCGGCUUCCACACGUAGCGAGAAAUUCCAUCUCCAACGAUUCGUCGACGUGUGCAUGCUCUCACACGCCCACCCUGCGAACCCAUGCGCUUUCGUGGUGGCAUCGUGGCGGCGACGAAUGCUCGUGUGCGAAUCCUCCGCGCGUUCUUGUGCAUGCAAAUGGGUAGCGUCGACAGCGACCUCCCCUCGACGUCGUUUGGGUGUUAAGGCCAAGCAAGAAUGUAGUAGAUUUUGCGCGUGCUGUUUCGGA